AGGGUAAAGGUUGCACAGGCGCAGAUGGUCGCAACGUGACACGAGUGUGGCGGUAGCGGUGUGUGCAAGAAAUCCCCUGUCAUAGUCAGGUUGUAGCCAAGGAUCAGUCGCCCGCGCCGAACCAGGCUGACAUCGUUUAAACUGCCAAAAUAUGUCCUGGCUGUUCGGCUUGAAUAAGGGGCAGUCCGAUGCGCCCCCGGGUCUUCCAGUACCACCACCACCCCCUCCGCCGGCCGGGGGUUCGGGGGAAAGUGGCGGAGAUAAACCCAAGGACAAAUGGAGUAACUUCGAUCCGACCGGGCUAGAGCGAGCGGCCCAAGCGGCCAAGGAGCUGGAUAAAUCCCGUCAUGCAAAGGAGGCGCUGGAACUGGCGCGCAUGCAGGAGCAGUCUGUGCAAAUGGAACAUCAGAGUAAAAUCAAGGAGUAUGAGGCUGCUUUGGAGCAGCUGAAAGGUGACCAAAUUCGCAUCCAGGGUGAGGAGCGGAGGAAAACGGUCGUGGAGGAGACCAAGCAGCAUCAAUCGAGGGCGAAGUACCAGGACCAGCUGGCCAGACAGAGGUACGAGGAUCAGCUAAGACAGCAGCAAGCCCUAAACGAGGAGAAUCUGCGCAAACAGGAGGAAUCCGUUUUGAAGCAGGAGGCCAUGAGGAAAGCGACCAUCGAGCACGAGAUGGAGCUGCGGCACAAGAACGAGCUGCUGCGCGUGGAGGCGGAGGCCAAGGCCCGCGCGCGCACCGAGCGGGAGAACGCCGACAUCAUCCGCGAGCAGAUCCGCCUCAAAGCGGCCGAGCACCGGCAGACGGUCCUGGAGACGAUCCGGACCGCGGGUGCAGUGUUCGGGGAGGGGUUUCGGGCCUUCGUGUCGGACUGGGACAAAGUCACAGCGACGGUUGCUGGGCUGACCCUGCUGGCUGUGGGCGUGUACUCCGCGCGGAACGCCACGGCCGUGGCAGGGCGCUAUAUCGAGGCUCGGCUGGGAAAGCCGUCGCUGGUCAGGGAGACGUCCAGGAUCACCGUGGCUGAGGCCAUCAAGCACCCAGUCAAGAUGACGAAGCGUUUGACCAGCAAGCCUCAGGAUGCCCUGGAGGGCGUGGUGCUCAGUCCGUCAUUGGAAGAGCGAGUGCGUGACAUCGCCAUAGCAACCCGGAACACCCGUCAGAACCGCGGGCUGUACCGGAACAUCCUCAUGUACGGCCCGCCUGGAACUGGCAAGACGCUCUUUGCCAAGAAGCUGGCGGUGCAUUCUGGGAUGGAUUACGCGAUCAUGACGGGUGGAGACGUAGCGCCCAUGGGACGUGACGGUGUGACUGCCAUGCACAAGGUCUUCGACUGGGCCAACACCAGUCGCCGCGGCCUGCUGCUCUUCGUAGACGAAGCCGACGCAUUCCUUCGCAAGAGAGCCACUGAGAGGAUCAGUGAAGACCUCAGAGCCACCUUAAAUGCAUUCCUCUAUCGCACAGGCGAGCAGAGCAACAAGUUCAUGCUGGUGCUGGCCAGUAAUCAGCCGGAGCAGUUUGAUUGGGCGAUAAACGACCGGAUCGACGAGAUCGUGAACUUCGCGCUGCCCGGGCCGGAGGAGCGGGAGCGGCUGGUGCGGCUGUACUUCGACAGAUACGUCCUGCAGCCGGCCACCGGGGGGCGACAGCGGAUGAAGCUGGCGCAGUUUGACUACGGGCAGAAGUGCUCUGAGAUCGCCCACCGCGCAGAGGGCAUGUCGGGAAGAGAGAUCUCCAAACUGGGUGUGGCCUGGCAGGCCGCGGCAUACUCUUCGGAGGACGGCGUUCUGACCGAGGCCAUGAUUGACGCGCGGGUGGAAGACGCCGUCCGCCAGCACCUCCAGAAGAUGGACUGGCUGCAGAGGGAGACGCCCGGCACGGCAGGAGGGCAGGAGGGCGGGCCGGACGGCGUGGGGAAAAUGGGCUUCAACCUGCCCCUGGAGGACGUCCCGCGGGCCCUGGGGGCCGACGUGCCGCCCCUGACGGGGGCAGAAAGCGGGGGCGGUGCGGGGCUCCCCUCGCCCCAGGAGGGGGUCCCGCUGGCCCAGGAGGUGAUCGAACUGGCCCAGGACACUCAGGAGAGCGCCGCCCUGGCUGCGGAGGGGAGCGCUGCGCCAACGACCCCGGGGGUGCCCCAGGACAGCACGCCCCCGCCUGCUGAGGACGGGGCAGAACUUGGGGGCAGGAAGGAGGAUGAACAGAGCAAAGAGGGGGCAGGGGCCACGCCUCCACAGGAGGGGGGGGCAGAUACUGGGAGUAAAACGACGGCAGAGGUCCCACCCAAAGACGGGACCCCUGUCUGAGACACAGUAGGGCUUACAGUGGGGAGCGGGGGCGGUGUCAAAGUUAUGCUGGAGCGGCCCGUUAUGGGGAGUCUGUACAGACUGAGGCGGGGGUG